CAGCCCUUAAUCUCUCCGUCCCCACUCCUUCUCCCUCUCCCUCUCCCUCUCCCUCUCCAGUCUCCACCUCCAUCUUCGUCGCUGCAAAUAGACAGACCGACAGCCUCCUUCCUGUGGAAAUCGAAACCAUCGCCAAAUUCAAAGCCUAAAAAAGAAUAUAUCUCAGCCUCAGCCUGGUACAAGGCUACAAGCAAGGCAACAUUACUUGGUCUAAGAAUGGAUACCAGGUACCAGUACUAGCAAACCACGACAUGACUGAGAUAAGAAUCAAUACAAGUGAGAAACAAACGUCUUCCUUGUCUAAUGUACAAUGUUUCUUUUCUUUAUUAGAAACAUCAUUUAGCUGUUCCUUUAGAUCUUUCGUAUACCUUAGAUUUCACCUCAAUCACUUUUAUGUUCUUUCGUAGUUGCACAGAACAUCUCUCUCUCUCUCUCUUACACACACACAAUGUAUGUAUAGAUGUACUUGCAUAUGGCUAUAGAUGCAAAUGCAAGCUUUGAAACUGCUUGUGUUCUCGCGCUCACCUCUAUAUUUCCAGUACCUUCCCUCUAAUGAUGCCAAACUUUCCAUCUCUCUUUUCUCAUCUCUAUCUUCACCCACCCAAAUUGUAAAACCAAAUGGAAACUCCCACCUCGCCGAUUACCUUGUCAAUACCUUCAAAUUCACCAAAACCCAAGCCUUCUCAAUCUCAAGUCGAUUCUCAUGGGUCACAUCCCUUGAAAAGCCUCAAUCUGUGUAUAGCUUUCUUCAAGAACUUGGAUUCUCUGAUACCCAUAUCCGAUCCACUGUGCGUGUGUCACCCCAAAUUUUGUUUUCUAAUAUUGACAAAACCCUGAGGCCUAAGCUUGAGUUCUUUCAACAAUUGGGUCUUUUCGGUUCUGAUCUCGCUAGGUUCAUUGCCAAAAAUUCCACACUGUUGACUGCUAGUUUGGACAGAAAAUUAGUACCCUGUAUUGAAAUUCUGAAGAAAAUUUUGGGGAAUGAUGAGAAUGCUAAAGAUUUGAUUCGGGUUUUACAUAGAUGUAAUUGGGUAGUUACAAGGGACCCAAAAUCAAGGUUGUUAGGAAAUAUUGCCUUUAUGGAGAGUUGCGGAAUUGUUGGUUCUCAGCUUUCCACGCUAUUGAAGAGGCAGCCAUGGCUUUUCAUUGUUCAGGAAUCUGUGCUUAGAAGCCUUGUUGCACGGGUUGUGGAAAUGGGUUUCUCAUUGAAUUCUGGGAUGUUGGUUCAUGGUUUAUAUACAGUUAGCUGUUUACGGAAUGAGACAAUUAGUAGAAAAUUGGACUUGCUUUGUGGUUUUGGUUUCUCAGAGGAUGAAUGUAUGGAUAUGUUUAGAAGAACGCCAGGUUUGCUUAGGACCUCAGAGGAGAAGUUAAAGUUUGGAAUUGAUUUUUUCUUGAAUACGGUCAAGUUCAAAAAGUCGGUAUUAAUUCAUACCCCUUGGAUUUUGAUGUAUAGCAUGGAGAAUCGAGUGAGUGCUCGAUACAGGAUUUUGGAGGUUAUAAAGUCAAAACGGUUAUUGAAGAGAGAUCCGAGUUUUUAUUAUGCACUUAUUUUGCCGGAGAAUGAAUUUUUGGACAAGUUUAUAUCAAGAUUUAGAGGUGAUGCAGAGGAGUUGUUGGUUACUUACAAGGCUCGUCUCCUGGAUUCUACUGACGAAGAAGAUUCCUAGUACAAUCCAAAUCUUGUCUUCCCAGGUGGUGGUUUUGUGCCCGCUGCCCAGACAGAUCUGAAAAACUCGUUUGCGCCUUGUCUGGAGAAUGGGGUGUGAGCUCAGCUUGAAGUUGAGUGAAAAGGCGACAGUGUUAAGACUAACUUUCCAUGUUCUGAAACUGGAUCACCAUGUCGUAGUUAAGUUUUGGAUAUUCUAUUUCUGUAUCGUUUACUCUUUUAUGCUGCAUUGCGAAAACAAGAAAGAUAUCGUAUCCAAAGGUAUAUUUUUCCCUUUACCGGUAUGCUGAUUGUGUACAAGUUGCAUUGUGUUGCAUGUACACCAGAGCGGAUUUUAUCAUCUUUGAUGGUUGUUGGCAUUAUCUAGUCUCCAUUGUUUUGCUAGUACUGUGAUGAGGCGGAAAUAAAUACCAAAAAUAUCGAAAGGUUGAUCUGCCUCUGCAUCUCUGGGAGGUUGGCGGUUUCCGUGGCAGGAAUGCAUACACAGGCAAAAUUCAGCAAUGCAGAACCCAAACCCUCCAGCUCCGGGAUGCGACUUUGCACACGACUGGGUGCAGUCUGGUAGCUUGCACAAAGUGGGAGGGUUGGUAAUUUCCUUCUUCUUGCAAAGCUGCCAUGGCUUAACUAUGUGGCUUUUACCUGUGGAAAUUUGGAUAAUAGUACAAAUAGUUAAUUGAAAAAUAAAACAUCUUUACAUCGCUUGCAAA